AUGACUCCGAAAACUGUCACAACACUUGGGAUUUUGAAUGCACAUCAUUACUCGUAUAUUUUGACAGUGCCUUCUAAUAAAUUGACAGUAGAGCUUAGUGACAAUGACGACCACAUUAUUGAUGAUCCCGGUGACAAUGACGACCACAUUAUUGAAUACCCUGGUGACAUUGAUGACCACAAUAUAGAUGAUCCUGAUGACAAUGACGACCACAAUAUUGAUGAUCCUAAUGACAAUGACGACCACAAUAUUGAUGAUCCCGGUGACAAUGACGACCACAAUAUUGCCGAUCCUAGUGACAAUGACGACCACAAUAUUGAUGAUCCUGGUGACAAUGACGACCACAAUAUUGAUGAUUCUGGUGACAAUGACGACCACAAUAUUGAUGAUUCUGAUGACAAUGACGACCACAAUAUUGACGAUCCUGGUGACAAUGACGACCACAAUAUUCAUGAUUCUGAUGACAAUGACGACCACAAUAUUGAUGAUCCUGAUGACAAUGACGACCACAAUAUUGAUGAUUCUGAUGACAAUGACGACCACAAUAUUGAUGAUCCUGGUAACAAUGAUGACCACAAUAUUGAUAAUCCCGAUGACAAUGACGACCACAAUAUUGAUGAUCCCGGUGACAAUGACAACCACAUUAUUGAUGAUCCCGGUGACAAUGACGACCUCAUUAUUGAAUACCCUGGUGACAAUGACGACCACAAUAUUAAUGAUCCUGGUGACAAUGACGACCACAUUAUUGAUGAUCCCGGUGACAAUGACGACCACAAUAUUGAUGAUUCUGGUGACAAUGACGACACAAUAUUGAUGAUCCUGGAUGUUAGAAAUCAGAUUCUGAGUGCCAGUCUAUGGAUUUACCAGGAAUGGACUGAUCGUCGACUGCAGUGGGACCCGUUAGAAUUUGGCAAUCAAUCUUCCCUUGUUGUAAACUUAAGGAGAAUCUGGUAUCCGGAUACAGCUCUAUACAAAAGUGCAGACUUACAGCGCCAGCAAUACCCAAAAGUAUCAGAUCCAACAAUAACAUGUCGGAUAUUUAGUACUGGAAACAUAUUAGCUGUAACGCCGGGAAUCUACAAGCUACCCUGCCCAAUGAACAUGGAGCAUUUUCCAUUUGACAGACAAUUCUGCAGUAUCAAGUUCGGCACGUGGGCCUAUGUAGAAUCCGAAGUGGAUCUUGUGCUCAUGUUUGAGGAAAUAAUGAUUGAAAAUUACAUUUCUAAUCGGGAAUGGACAAUAAUAAACUCAACAGCCGGGAAAGUUAGGGAAACUUACCAGGAAAUUGACUCCGCCUUUCCAAUCGCUUACUUCAAUAUGACGUUAGCACGGAAACCAAUGUAUUACGUCAUAAAUCUGGUUGUCCCAUGUAUGAUGCUGUCGGUGCUGACUAUUGUUGUGUUUUAUCUCCCGCCAGACUGCGGCGAGAAAGUCUCUUUAAGUAUAUCUAUUCUUCUCGCCUUCCACGUGUUCAAUUUACUGGUAACUGACAUCAUGCCUCCUACGUCAUCGCAGAUCCCUAUGAUCUCGCGUUAUUUGCUUUUCAAUAUGACGUUGGUGGCGCUAUCCGUUAUAUUCACCGCUUUUGUUUUGAAUAUCCAAAGAGGUCCUGUUUCUAAGCGCCCAGUUCCCAAGUGGGUGAGAACAGUGUUUGUCAAAAUAGCUCCCAAAUUUCUGUGCAUGCAUCCAAAACCGACAAAAAAGAGCGACACUCUGAUUUCUAAUUCUUCGAGAACCGAUUCAGAUGUCGAGAAACUUGCAAGUCUUCUGCGCAGGCGCAGAAAAGAUCAUGAGCAUAGAACCGUAGAGAAAAGAAGAGAUGUUCGCUCACAUGGAGGAAAGGCUAUUUGGGUGCCGAGGACGAAUUUGAAUAAACAUGUAAGGCAAGAGAGCGUGCCAUUAAAACAUUAUACUGAGGAUGCAAAUAAUAUAAAUGCAUCAAACUACAGCCACAGGGAUAGUCCCAGAUUUGAGACUUCGGAUUUCUCUGAAAAUAAUACACCAAGACGAAGAAGUCAUCGUCCGAGAUCUCAGCAGCUCAGCUCUUUCGAACACCACGUCAGUGACAGCCUACAAGUUAUUCUUAACAAUAUGCAAGAAAAGCAAGUCGAAGAAUCGGUAGGUUUUCUGUUCGUUCAGUCAAAGUGA